CCAAUGGGGAAACUCAAAGCUUUCCUUUCUGCCUUUAUCGCCACUCUUCCUCUCCUGCAUUUGGUUCAUGCCCAAACCCAACAAGGCUUCAUCAGCAUUGAUUGCGGCUCCAAUUCUAGCUAUACUGAGCCAGCUACGGGUAUCAAUUACGUCUCUGAUUCCAAUUACGUCCAAACUGGUUUGGCCAUAACUUUACCACCAAGUCGUCGUUCCAGUACUCUCCAGAAACAGCUAUGGAGCCUUAGAAGCUUUCCUGAUGGGACAAGGAACUGCUAUACCAUUAAACUCAAACUUGGCACCAAGUAUUUGAUUCGAGCAAGUUUCUUGUAUGCAAAUUAUGAUAAUCAAAGCAGCACUCCAGAGUUCGAUCUAUAUUUUGGUCCUGAUUUUUGGGUGACCGUGAAAUUUGGAGACAGCAUAAACAAUAUUAUCGAGGAGGAGCUCGUUCAUAUUGCAACUUCAAAUCAGGCGCAGGUUUGUCUUGUGAACAAUGGAAAUGGGGUUCCUUUUGUUUCAGCCUUGGAGCUAAGGCCAUUGCCAAACACCACUUAUGUAACUGUAAGUGGCUCAUUAUCAACGUUAUUUCGGCUCGACAUUGGUGCUCCAAACGAUACGUUCAUCCGAUUUCCAGACGACAUAUAUGAUCGUGUUUGGAGUCCACCAACUCCACUCGUGAAAUGGACUCCAAUAACCACUUCACUCCCGAUUAACAACAACGAUUCCCCUGGUUUCAUGGCACCCUCUAAGGUGUUGAGCACGGCCUCCACAGUGAUAAAUGCAAGUGCACCAAUGGAGUUUUAUUGGGAUGAUGUUAAUGGACCCAACCAAUACUACGUAUAUAUGUAUUUUGCUGAACUACAAGAGCUCAAAGCCAACCAAUCCAGGCUAUUCAAGAUCUAUCUAAACGACCAGCUUUGGGUAGCCGACAAUAUUCUAGUCAGUUAUCUAACGGAGAAUGUUGUGCGUAGCAUAGCUCCCUUGACUCUUAAUGAUACGUAUGACUUUAAAUUGAUCAUGUCCGAAGGGUCCACUCUUCCGCCCAUCCUGAAUGCAAUUGAGAUAUACAAAGUGAUGAACUUUCCACAGCUCACAACAGAACAAGAUGAUGUUGAUGGUAUUAAAUCCAUUAAGAACGAUUAUGGGGUUGCAAAAAACUGGCAAGGAGAUCCAUGUGCCCCUAAAAUGUUUGCUUGGCAGGGUAUCAACUGUAGCUAUGAUGCUUCAAAUCCUCCAAGAAUCACAGGGCUAGACUUAUCAUCCAGUGGAUUGACUGGCGAAAUUUCAGCCAACAUAUCAAGUCUUGCAAAGCUAGCUUUUUUGGAUUUGUCAAAUAAUAACUUGAGUGGAGCGGUGCCUGAUUUUCUUGCUAAAAUGCCACUGUUGACUGUUAUAGAUUUAUCUGGAAACAAUCUAUCAGGCCAAGUUCCUGCCUCACUUAUUGACAAGAGGAACAAAGGCUCCCUUUCAUUGAGUAUGGAGGGAAACCCGUAUUUAGAAGGGACAAGCCCGAGUGAAAAGAAGAAGAAGAAUAACAUAGUAGUUCCAAUAGUAGCAGCAAUUGGGGGAGCUCUCAUCCUUUUAGCAUUGAUUUUAGCUUCUAUUUACUUCAUUCGACGCAAACGAAGUUCUAAAGGUGGUACAGGCCCAAGCCUAAUGGAGCCCCAUUCACCAAUAAACUCUGAAAUUCAGCUUAACCCACAUGACCCAUUACAGACACCAAGCCGCCAACUUUCAUACUCAGACAUCUUAAAAAUGACCAAUAAUUUCGGUAGACUAUUGGGUGAAGGUGGGUUUGGAAAGGUUUAUUAUGGUGUCAUGGGUAACACUGAAGUGGCUGUAAAGAUGCUGUCUCCAAAAUCAGCUCAGGGGUAUCGAGAAUUUCAAGCAGAGGUCGAUCUUCUGUUGAGAGUUCAUCACAGAAACUUAACUGGCCUGGUUGGAUAUUGCAAUGAAGGGGAAACAAAAAUGGGGCUUGUCUAUGAAUACAUGGCCAAAGGAAACCUAGGAUCAGUGCUUUCUGAUGGAAGAGUUGUUUUAAGGUGGGAAGAAAGGCUUCAAAUAGCAUUGGAUUCAGCACAAGGAUUGGAAUAUCUACACAAUGGUUGUAGGCCUCCAAUUAUCCAUAGAGAUAUCAAAUCAUGUAAUAUUCUAUUGAACGAGUAUUUACAAGCCAAACUUGCUGAUUUUGGCCUCUCAAGGGCUUUUCCAAUGGAGGGAGGUGCCACUCAUGUGACGACGAAGGUGGUUGGAACUCCCGGCUAUCUUGAUCCAGAGUAUUAUACAUCGUACAAGUUGACUGAGAAGAGUGAUGUUUAUAGCUUCGGAAUUGUUAUUCUAGAGCUCAUCACGGGAAGACCUGUACUAGUGAAGACUAGUGAGAAAAGCCACAUUAUCCAAUGGGUCGAUUCCAACAUUAACCAAGGCGAUAUCUACUCUAUAAUUGAUUCGAAAAUAAAAGACGAUUGCAAUACUAACUCGGUGUGGAAAGCUGUAGACAUAGGAAUGUCUUGCACUGCUCGUAACCCUAUAAAUAGGCCGACUAUGAGUCAAGUUGUAACCGAACUCAAAGAAUGUCUAAACCUCGAGUUAAAUCAGAGAGGUCAUCAAAUUGACUCUGCUACGACGAUCUCCUCAAACUUUCAUUCCGAGAUGGGCCCUAUGGCAAGGUAGUUUAUUUUUGCAUACCAAAAGUCUUUCAAAUUGUUUAUUGUCUUUAUUAUACGCAAGUCAAUGUGUGAGGUCAACGAUAUGGUUUAGGAAAGCACCAAGGCAUGAGCUGAUCAUACGAGAUU